AGUUAAUUGUUGUUUAAUUAUCAUUUUUUGUUUCUUUACAGACAAGGCCCACCUCUUCCAGGUUUGACACCAAAUGGAAGAAGAGUCACGGUAUGUAGAGGUGUACAAUCAAACUUGAACGCCAACGAGAUCGCAGACACCCUCAAGUUAGCUCUCAUGAUUGGGGACGUCCGCCUAAUCGAGGAAAGGGAGGGCGUGGCUGGUGACGUGUAUGUGCUGGACGCUGCUGUACUAGGUCCCAGCCUGCUGGCCAAGCUGUCCCCAACUACCAUCAAGAAGUUCAUGAUCUGUGUUCAGGAAGCGUACCCGGUGAAACUGAAGGAGGUCCAUAUCGUCAACACAUCGCCCAUCGUCGAGAGAUUCGUCAACUUUGUCAAACCAUUCCUCAAAGAAAAAAUCAGGAAACGCAUAUUCAUCCACAAAGAAGUGAAAGACUUAUACAAGCACGUGCCUCAAGAGAUGCUCCCUGUUGAAUACGGCGGACCAUGUGGCACCAUGGAGGAUCUGCAAGAGCAAUGGAAGAGCAAACUGGCUGAAUACAAAGAGUGGUUCGAG